CGGCGCCCAAUCGGGACCCGUAGAAAGAGGCGGGGAGCGGGCGGCGGCGGCCUUAGCUGCGGGGAGGCUGCGCGGCGGGGGUGAACCGGACUGGCCCUGCAGCGGCUCGCUCAGGCGAGAACACCCGGCGUCUGCCGUCUCGAAUUUCUCUCGGCCCUUGUCAUUUGAUUCGUUACCCGAAAUGCAUGGUCAUGGGGGCUAUGACUCUGAUUUUAGUGAUGAUGAACACUGUGGUGAAUCUAACAAAAGGAAAAAAAGGACAGUUGAAGAUGAUUUACUGCUCAAAAAGCCAUUUCAGAAAGAAAAACAUGGAAAGGUGGCCCAUAAACAAGUUGCCGCAGAAUUGCUGGAUAGGGAAGAAGCAAAAAAUAGAAGGUUUCAUCUGAUAGCUAUGGAUGCUUAUCAAAGGCAUACAAAGUUUGUAAAUGACUACAUUUUGUACUAUGGUGGCAAAAAAGAAGACUUCAGGCGAUUGGGGGAAAAUGACAAGACAGACAUGGAUGUUAUACGAGAAAAUCAUAGAUUCCUAUGGAAUGAGGAGGAUGAAAUGGACAUGAAUUGGGAGAAGAAACUUGCAAAGAAAUACUAUGAUAAAUUAUUCAAGGAAUACUGCAUAGCAGAUCUCAGUAGAUACAAAGAAAAUAAGUUUGGAUUUAGGUGGCGAGUAGAAAAAGAAGUAAUUUCAGGAAAAGGCCAGUUUUUCUGUGGAAAUAAAUGUUGUGAAGAAAAAGAAGAUUUGAAGAGUUGGGAAGUUAAUUUUGGUUACAUUGAACAUGGUGAAAAGAGAAAUGCACUUGUUAAAUUAAGAUUAUGCCAAGAAUGUUCCUUUAAAUUAAAUUUUCAUCACAGGAGAAAAGAAGUCAAGUCAAAAAAAAGAAAGGAUAAAUCCAAAAAAGAUCAUGAAGAGUCAUCACAUAAAAAAUCCAGAUCAUCUUCUGUAGAAGAGACGAAGGAAUUUGAGGUAUGAAUUACAAUUAUUAAUGUUAUGGGCUGAAUUAUGUCCCCCCCCCCCCAAUUCAUGUUGAAAUUCAAACCCCCAGUACCUCAGAAUGUGAUUCUAUUUGGAAACAGGGUAUUUAAAGAGGUAAUUAAGGUAAAUGGAGAUCAUAUGAAUGGGCCCUAAUCCAAUACGACUGUGUCCUUAUAAAAAGGAGAUUAGGACGCAGACACAAGAUGGAAGGCUUUGUGAGGAUACAGGGAGAAGAUGACCAUCUACAAGCCAAGUGGGGAGAGGCCUCACAAGAAACCAAUCCUGCCAACACCUUGGUUUUGGACUUGGAGCCUCCAGAACUGUGAGAAAUUUCUGUUCGAGCCACUCAGUCUGGUAUUUUGUUACGGUAGCCCUAGCAAAUGAAUACUAUUAAUAAGAACCUUUAAAAAAAGAAUUGGUGACUGGUUUCAGGAUUGUAUAUUUUUAAUUUAAAGCAAAUUGGCACCAAAAAUGCACUUGUUUUCGUCUUGUAUUUUCCACUUCUGUUGAACUUUAUUUUACCCUCGGGGUUUCAUGCUAGCAAUAGGUUUUCUUUUGGUGGUCACAAGGGUAGUUUAUCUGAAGAUCCUUUUACUCUCUUAGUUCGUAGUUUGCUGAAUGAAAUUCGCUGAAGUUCUUUUGCAUGUUUUCUGUUUUUCUUCAGAAGUAGAAACAAUAUUUGAAAUUUAGACCAGUUGGAUUAUAUUACAACAUUAGACAUGUUUUGGACUUUUUGUCAUCACUGCCACCUCCUGAAUCUUCUGUGGCUAGCAAAAAGAAAAACAGUAGUAUUGGGAAUCAGUGGACCCAGAGUAUUUUUCUCCUAACCCUCUCAUGACCAACUUAAUAGCCUAAUUAAUAGUUUUAACUUAUAACAAGUACCAGUGGUUUGAUCAUUUAAAAACUUGAAAUCACGUUCAGGGUUGGUCCUUUUGAAAAAGAGAAUCUAAUAAAUGAUUAACCAAUUAACAUCUGGUUCUCAAGGAAACCACUGAUCUGCACAAUCUGGGAGUCUAAGUUGUUACUUUGUGCCAGGUACUAAUGUUGCCUGAGAGUACAAAAUUAUGUUCUUGGGUCACAGAGACUUCUCAGGGUAGCAGGAAAAAAAAAUCAAAAGGAAUUUUUAUGCAAAUAAAGUAUAAUAGAUCCAUAUCCAAUAUACUGAAUACUAAAAGAAAAUGUCGGGAGAAACUUAACCUGAUAACCUGUUCAUCAUAAAAUUGAGAUAAGGAUUAAAUUUACUUGUACUAGGAAAUACCUUUGCUUUUCACUUGGAUAGUAAAAUUUACCACUUCUGUUAUCUUUUUGAAGUGCAAAUCAAAUCUUAAUUGUUUUCCCAUUUAAAUCCUUUUAAUGAUUCCCCCUUGCUCCUGUAGAGGACAAAUCCUCAAGCAAGGCCUUUAAGGCCACACUUUCCUGCAGAAGUGUCUUACCAGUUCCCCAGACUCCAGUUACAACCGUUUUAAGUUCUACAAUUGCAUCAGGCUUAUUUCCACCUCAAGGCCUCUGUUCGUCACUUCCUCCCCAACCCCACCUCCUUUCUUUGCUUAGCCAAAGCCUGCUGUCUUCAGAAUUUAGCUUAAGCAUCCUUCUUCUGGAAAGACUUCCCCUGUGGUAGUUAUAGAUAGAUAAUUGUUCACUUAUUGGUUUAAUGUCUAGCUCCUCUACCAGGUGGUAAGCUCUGUGAGAUAAGGACCCCAACUUUCCCCAGGCCCUGCCUAACACGGGGCCUUUACAGAGCAGAUGCCCAAUAAAUACAUUGCUGAAUGGAUAUCCAGAAGUCAUAAACUCCUACUUUUAUUGUGUUGAAGGACCUCCUUAACCUUUUAAGCAAAAUAUUUUCUCCCUCUAUGAAUUUUUAAAAAUACCACUAAACACAGUAGAAUCAUCUAAAAGGUAUGUUGUAUCUUUUGUUUUACAAGGCUCUUCCAGACACAGAUGAUUUCUUUGCUAAACAGAAUUUCUUACAAAAUCUUUUGAGUGCUGUCAAGACAGAAUACAAAAUCAUGAUGUUAGCAUUCCAAUUUAAAGAUGACAUUUGAGUCAUGUGAUAAACUCAUAGUUGAUCUCAAGCAUCUUAACAGUGGUUUCCUGAAGAUAAUAUUAAACCGAACAGAGUGACUUUAGGUGUAGAAACUUCAUUGGGAAAAACAGCACAAUAUGGGAACAUUCGAGGCAUAGUCUCAAGUCACCCCAUUCAGCUGUCCAGCUUUACUUCCAUGUAGGGCUUCCUUAAGUCUGGAAGGGAGGCUGGAGAUAAAUCUCAUUACAUACACAAGAAUUUUGAGCUCAGAGAGGUGAAGCAAAUUGCCCAAAGCCUUAUAGCUAAUGCAUAACGUUAGGACUAAAGUUGUUUUUCUCACCUAACCCGGAUCCCACUGGUUCCAUGACUCUUGUAUUUCUAAAAACUCAGUAUUCUGUGGAUGUACCCAGGAGCCACCUACUAGAGUGGAUAAAGAAGCCUAGCCCCAACCCCUACUUCAACUGGACCAGUCAAUUCCUCCUGGAAUUAUUCAUAAGAUCUUGUUUUGGGGGAGGAAAAAAUCUCUCAAAAGCACUAAUCAAUUUAUUAUAAUUACUGGGAAAGCAAGUCUCCUGUUUGCAUUUACUUUUUAUGGUUUUGUCAGUUGAAAUUAAGCUCAGCCUGACUUCUGGAUACUUUACAACGAGCAAAAACAGAUACCAUCUAGGGGUGCCUGGGUGGCUCAGUUGGUUGAGAGUCCGACUUCAGCUCAGGUCAUGAUCUCACAGUUUGUGGGUUCGAGCCCCGCGUCGGGCUCUGUGCUGACAGCUCAGAGCCUGGAGCCUGCUUUGGAUUCUGUGUCUCCCUCUCUCUGCCUGCUUGUCUCUCUCUCUGUCUCUCUCUCAAAACAAACAUUAAAAAAAAAAAAAAAAACAGAUUCCAUCUAACCUUUUGCAGCCAUGUUUCCUUCUUCCUGCUUUUUUGUCUCCUCUUCAAUUACCUUCAUCUUUGCAUCGUAUUCAUCAGCUAGGGAUUUCCAUUCUACUCUGUUGUUCUGAAGACCAGUCAGCAUUGGUGUGAUUUCUUUGUGAAACCGUGAGAACUCCUAGCGAGAAUUUUAGGUCAGAAACAUAGUCAUAGUUGAUUUUCAGUACUUUUCAUAUGCAGAAAAGGAACUGUAAGGAAUUAUUACAGUGCUCAGAGCUGCUAGGAUGAGCCUAACUCAGGGCCUUGGGAACAGGAAAGACAGGUGCUGUUUUCUAAGUACGUCUGGGUCUGUUCAGUGUGCUCACUUCUAAAUUCUCUUAGUUUUUAUUCCACCCCUGAA